AUGCCCUACCUCGCCACCGCUCAAUCAUACCUGGAGCAAUCCGCCCUCCUGAUAUCCGCGCGCCCCACCACCACCCGAAUAACAACUAAAUACACAAUCUCCGGCCCUAAGCCUUCUCCCUCACCCUCGAAAUCAACGUCUUCUCCCCCACCAAAAUCCGAGCCUUCGGAACACCAAGUCCCGUCACACCAAAGUCAGGCGCCAAAAGCGACGCUUACGCUUAAAUCAUACGAUCCAGUAUCAGGCACAUGUCUAAAAUAUAAGACUGAUAAGGCGGCGGAAGUGGGGCGGCUGGUGGCGAGUUUAGGAAAUUGUGGGAGGGUUAUGGCUGCGCUACCAGCGAGGGAGCAGACGGAGGUCAAGGAGGAACCAGGAGAGGAGAUGGAGGGUGUGGCUGCUGUGAAGCUGGAGGAUACGAAAGUCCCUACGAGUAAGGGUGGAGCCAAAGGUGGGCAAGCGCAAGGGAAAGGUGGAGGUGGAGAGAAAGGAGGAGGUGGUGGGGGCGGCGGUGGGAAGAAGAAGAAAGGGAAGAAGUGA